CAAUCAUCGUAGUCGAUUGUGUUACUGUUGAUUAGUGCUUUAAAAAAUAAACAAAUAUUUUUAACCAUACCAUUUAUUUAUUUAUUAUUUAAAAGCACAAAUGAGAAACGUAUCGAUUUUCCUAUUUUUUUUUGAUAGACUGCGAAAUACUUCUGGUUAAGAAAAAUAUGUGAAAAUCAAAUUAUUCUGUUAUAAUCCCCGAGUGAAUUGAAUGAAAACAUGGCCACAAUGGACUAUUACGAAGACGAAGGAAUUCCUAUAUGGCAGGAACCCCGAUGUGAACCUCUAGGGGCAGCUAAAGAAAAUCUUUGUGAAGAAACCGCAGCUGAACAGACGUCCGGAGACAGGAUCCAUGCCUUAGAAGAAGAACAAGAAAUUUUAUCCUCAUCUGUUUUCUCAUUAUCAUCUCACCUUGCUCAGGUGGAGUUCCGGUUACGACAAAUAUUGAAAGCUCCUCCAGAAGAAAAAGAUGCUAUGCUACAAGCACUUGAAGAGUUUACGUCGCGAGCGGUCGAUUCAAGGACUGCGCCUCAAGGCAGUGCAAGUGAAGGUGCAUGUCUGGAAUGUGCCGAGCUAGAGAGAAAAAUCCACAGUCAAAGGGCUAAGCAAUCAAGAUUUAUUGAAAGACUUAAACUACAACUCAAAGAACUUGAACUGUUCACGGCAGACUCUUCAAAACAUGAUGAUAUAAAACAUAGGUCUCUCAUAGAGCACCUUCGAACUGAAAUUGAUAAAAGUCUAGUAGAAGGAUGCCACCAGCCUCUAACUACAGAAGAACUAAAGCAUCAAAUUGAUUGUGCUGUUCGCCAAUAUGCUGACAAACAGCUCUCUAAAGAUGAAAUCAUUAGCAAACUUCAGAGCCAUAUUGAUGAUAUGCAAAAAUUUAUAAAACUUAUGAAAAAUGAUAAUCUAAGUAAGCCUCAAACAAGUAAUACAGAGCCAAAAAAAGUUGGUAAGCCUAAUACAUUUGAUAAACACUUUAGUAAGAAUAAAGUUAAUGAUGAGCUUAAAGCUGAAACAAUCAACUUGAUGAGGAAGGCAUCAACGUUAAUACAAAUAUUUACUGUUUCACAAUUUGGUUGUUCACCAAAUACAAAUAAAAGGUAUGAGAGAAAGUCUAAUGUUACACAUUGGGGUAAUUUAAGAGCCAAAUUAGAAAUGUCUAUAGAUGCUGUUCUACACAUUGUAUCAAGAGAGAGGCCUCAUACUCUAAUAGAUAGCUAUGAUAGUGAAUCUGAGGAAGGUGGUGUAGUUAUAAAUGAUGCCCCUCUAACUACAGCAGUGCGUCGUCAUUUAGCUAUUAAUUUGCGUGAUCUUCUCCAACAUGGUUUAGUUGGUCAUGAAACAACAUCUCUUGUACCUUUGAUUGGCUGUUUUCCAGUUCGUAGAUCAUCAACAUCCCAAAAUAUACAUAUAUGGGAAGUUAUACUGCGAUAUUAUGACUUAAACGAUGGAGAUAGAUUCAACUCAACCCCAGCUAGAAAACUAAGUCAGAGCUUUAAUUUGGAUAUAGUUGGGGGAACAGCAAUCACAAAUAAACAGAGCUUAUUAAGUGCUAUUGGAGGUAUACUGGCAACACACACACCAUACAAAAGAAGUUUUGAUGCUCAUUUUAAAGCAUUUGUGUGUGCAGCUCUUAACACACAUAAACUUGUAUUAUGGUUAAACAUAAUUUUAAAAUGUAGGUCACUUAUUGAUUAUUACUACUCGUCUACUAGCUAUAUUGUAAAUACUGGAUUCCAAGAUGCCUUACAGAGCCUCGAUCAGUUAACUCCAUAUGACUUUGACCUCCCCGUUGAUCUUGCAGUGAAACAGUUUCAAAAUAUAAAAGAUGUGUUUAUGUAAUUAGCUGUAAGCCUCUUGCCUUCCGAUUAGUUUACGCUUAAAAAUGUAUGAAUUCUAGUCUUUUUUUUAAAGUUCAGCGGCUAAUUGUUAAUUAAAAUGGCCUAUUAUUGUUAAGAUAUAUCAAAGCUUUCUCAUAGGUUUAGUAUUUACAAAAUUAUCUAUAUCCCUCUCUUGUGAUGCAUUGUUACAGCAAAAAUUAAGAAUAUUAAUGGUUUAAAUAAUGCUAUUUUAAAAUACCAUAUAACAUGGAUGGAUACAAUUGUAUUUAAUGAUCUUAUAUAUGAGAAGUUGUCUGUUAUAUAUUGUGUUGUCUUGUUAUGAUAUACAUUACUCUUGAAUUUUUAAUACCUUAUUCAUAAAAACUAAAUCAGUUGCACUAUUUUUAAUAAAGUAUGCAUCUAUCUUUUCAUCA